AGAGGACAACUUGUUUGUAUUCUGCGCACCAUACUGAUUGGAUUUAAUAAGUUUUUGUGUAGCAGCUUUGAGAUCAUCUGCAGAAUUUAUGGGAGGGACUGCAACUACAUGCGUUGACAUGUCAACUGGAGGCGCAUCGGCGAUGCCCAAGUCCUGACCUUCAGUUCGUAGGUCGAGGACUGGAUUGCACGAGGCGUAUCUUCCGAUUCAUGGUUUCCUUUUCCAGCCUAUAUACUUGACGGGUGCGACAAAAGCUGAAGGAUUUGAGCGUAGGAUGCGGUUUAGUUUCCUUUUGUGGUAUGCGCACACUCUGCAUGGUGUAAUGCGGAGCUGACCACCGGCGUCUUCCGUGACUGACCUACAGAUGGAGCGUCUGUCACAACUCAGACGCCCCCUGAAACUGCUGUUUAUGGGCGCACCGGGGGUUGGAAAGGGAACGUACGCUAGCCGACUCGCAAGAGAUUGGUCGAUUCCGCACAUUUCGACCGGUGACCUGAUCCGAGAAGAGAUCAAGGCGAAAACGCCCUUGGGGCAAGUUCUGCAGGAACACGCGGACAGAGGGAAUUUAGUGCCGGACAACAUUGUGUCGGCCAAAUGCCGGCAACGGCUGGCUCAGAAAGACUGCGCAAGAGGGUGGAUUUUGGAUGGUUUCCCAAGGACGGUGAAGCAGGCUGUUGAGCUCGGGGUGUUUGAUCGUCCGUCGUUGUGUGUCCACAUUUCCUUGCCAGACAAUUUUAUUGUGGAGAAGCUGCUGUCUCGUCGAAUAUGUGUAACGUGUGGGGGGAUUUUCAAUAUUGCUGACAUACGUUCCUCGCCGUACGACCUACCACCGCUCCUUCCCGACGCAGGUUGUUCCGGGUGCGGCGGAAGUCCGCAGUUAAUGAAGCGUGACGAUGACACAGAAGCGGUUGUCCAAAAUAGGUUAGGGAUCUAUAAGAGGGAGACGGAACCGAUUCUUCAACUGUACCAAAAGGAAGGGAUUUUGCUAGAAUACCACGUCACAAAAGGAGUGAAGGACUUGCCUGAUUUGUCAAACACUAUUCUCACUCGUGUUGAGCAACUGAAUGCAGACUCCUGACAGCACCUUGUCCCGUGCCAGCGCAUCAGUUUUUGUUCCCCUGUAAUGCCUUAAUGACACUCCCCAGAAGUGCAGCCAUUAAGUUGAUAUUCCAGAGAUUUGCCGGUUGAAUGCGGGAUGCAAAGAAAAUGCGCCGAUACUAUGCAUGCACACGUUAUAAGAAACUUUCACACUGCGUCGUUUCAUGAAGUGUUGAGGAACUCCCCCACCCGAAACUCGGUGUCUUUGUCGCUCAGGUGUACCUACAGACCCAACAGGUAUAUCGACUCGAGUCUUGCAG